AUGAUGCAUGUUGUUCGGCGCCCUUCGUGUAAACGGUGCAAGCGAUACCGACAGAUUAUCAAGCGUCGCCGCCGAAAGGCUAGACAAGAAUCGAUCAUAAACGAAGAACACAUGCUGUUGGUCGUCGAUGACGCCUUCGAUGCCCCCACCAUCAAGUACCUCAUUCGCUGCGUAGAGGAGGGCUUGCUGGAGUUGCAAACAAAGUCGCUCGCACUCUCCAGCGAGCUGAAGAUGGGGAGGUCCACGUCUUUGGCAACGAGCCAGAUGGUGGAAGCACAUUUGCACGAAACUUCUAUUGACUCGAAAAGACUGAAGAAGGUUCGGCUCGCGAUACGCGUACACACCCCACUUCGUUCCAUCAUCGGCAAUAUCAGUACAUCCCAGUUCUACGCAAGCAUGCGCGCCAUUGUCCAGAACCCACCUCUCCAGUCGAUACACACAGUGGCAUGUAGUUCGACCCACGCCAUUGCAACUUGUAGCCCAUCGAGUCAGGAAGAUUUCCUGCCAGCUGUUGACUUAGACUACGUCAAGAUGGCGGGCAUCGCCACCGUUCAGGUGUUAGUAUCGGGACGUAGCUCAGAUGAUAUCAUCCAGUGGACACGCCACAUGCUUGGCGCAGCAAGAUCCUUUCCUCCGUAUAUGUUUCGCGAGGUAGACCAAACUUACCGUCGAAGGACUGGAUUUCUUCAUUCGCCCAUGAUAUUGGCGACGUACUCAGCCUAUUUAUCACAACAACCAUAUGCUUACCCACCGGAGCAGGAUUGGGAGGGACUGAUUACCUCCGUCUACGCGGUGCAUUUAUCCCUCAGCUUGUAUUCACGAGGUCACAAAGGAGACGAAGGCACCUAUUUCCCUCGAAAUUGGGGAGAUUGUCGCAACCGCCAAAGAUUCCGGAUCGCAUCUGUCAUCAAGCUACUGACUACAGUCGGCUUUCAGAAAAUUGUUGAUUCAGCCCGGGUGAUCAACAUCCUUCCUUGUAUCCCGCGCAUGCCAGCGAACCUACAUUUCGCAGCCCGGACAGCGCCUUGCAUGCCAUCGGAGCUAUAUAACGUAGCUUGGGCCACCGCUCGUGCCAACUUCCAUUCGGGCGUUACUGGUGUAGAUGCUGUGGGUGCCAGUACUAGUGAGGAUAAUGAAUACACGGACGAAGAUGGUCCAUAUAUAUCGGACGAUGCCUAUGACCGCUUUGGCCAUCAAAAACCACAAAACGCAUAUAGUGAAGACCUGCCGGAUGGCUGGAAGCAUCUUGCGAUCGGCAGGCACGAUAGCCAAGACCUGCCGGAUGGCUGGAGGGAUCUUGCGGCGUAG